GGUACUAAAAAGAUUUUCCACAAUCAGAUGGCGGAACAACAAAGACCGUUCGCCCGAGGGUUCGUCUGUGGACUGCUCGUUGCCUUGGCUGUGGCGUGUGCUUAUUUGCUGUUCAUGCAAGAAGAAGUUGACCCAUUGGUCAAGAGAGGAGCAGAGAUUCUAAAGUAUGGCGUCCCAGAGAGAGGCCCAGCCGUACAUUACCUCCACAAUCAUGUUCUAGCUUACGAUUCUGCCAAACGAACUCCACUGUGGGUGGCUGAACACAUCAAAAGCAAGCACUUGCAGGGUCCAGCCGAUCGGAAACACUCAAAAUUCAAACCAGACCCCAGCGUUGACCCGAUGUUCACAGCAUAUGACAGAGAUUACCGGAGAAGUGGCUGGUCCAGGGGCCACAUGGCACCAGCUGGAGACAACAAGUUUAGUCAGGAAGCAAUGGACGACACUUUUCUCUUUUCCAACAUCGUUCCGCAUGACAUUGACAACAACUCGGGGUUCUGGAACAGGCUUGAGAUGUACUGUAGGGACCUGACCAGCAGGUUUGAGGAUGUUUACGUGCUGACUGGCCCACUGUACCUUCCCACUCAGGAAGGCCAACAAAAAGUGGUCAAAUACCCGGUAAUAGGAGAGAAUGAAGUAGCUGUCCCCACACAUCUGUACAAAGUCGUCAUUGCGGAGCGAACCGACACCCCAAUUUCCAUGGGUGCUUUCAUCGUCCCAAACCAACAAAUCGGCUACUACCAAAAUUUUACAAUCUUCCAGGUUCCAAUAGAAGAUUUAGAAAAGUCUUCAGGAUUUAAGGUUUGCCCUCAUUUGGACCGAAGCAAGACCAAGAAUUUGUGUGAAGUUGACUCAUGCAAAUUACGUAACAGGAAAUAGUUUGAACCUUUAUUGGAUGAAAUUCAAGAGAUAGAGAGAGAGAAGAAAAAUAGUAAAAAAUAACUAGAGGAAAAAAAGGUUUAAACCAAACCAAUAUCUUGUUGAUUUGCAUAAAAAGAUAGCACAUUCAUCAAAACAGAGUGAGGAAUAAUAGAAUAAGUAUGUUGAUUAUACAGUGUUGUCUAUAUGUUCUUAUGAAGAUAAACCUUCAGGUAUUACAUUUAAAUGCAUUAAUUUAGAUGAAAUUAGGUAAUAAGUAAACUUCGGCAUAAGUUAAUUCAAACAGCUUUGAAAGCUUUAGACUGUUUAAAAUUAACUAUUAAACAUAUUUCAUAUUCUGUACUAUUUGGUUGAACAUAUGAAUUUUCA